GGUGGGUGCCGCGGCCACCGCGGAGCUGCUGCUCGGCGCGUUUUGCAUGAAGAUGGCGGCUCCCACCGCCAGUAAGGCAGCCUCUCUGGGCUGCAACAACAAGCCUGCUUUCCCGGAGCUGGAUUUCAGGUCCGGAGCUCGGGUGGAGGAAUUGAACAAACUCAUCCAAGAAUUCACCAGGCAUGACCAACGGGAAUACGACGACCAGAGAGCGCUGGAGAUCCACACGGCCAAGGAUUUCAUCUUUUCCAUGCUGGGGAUGGUGCAAAAGCUAGACCAAAAACUUCCAGUGGCUAAUGAGUAUCUGCUGCUCUCUGGAGGAGUUCGGGAAGGCGUGGUGGACCUGGACUUAGAUGACCUAAAUGUCUAUGCCCGGGGCACUGACUAUGACAUGGACUUCACUCUCCUGGUGCCAGCCCUUAAGCUGCAUGACCGUAAUCAGCCUGUGACACUCGAUAUGCGCCACUCAGCCUUGUGCCAUUCCUGGCUGAGCCUUCGGCUCUUUGAUGAGGGGACAAUCAGUAAAUGGAAAGACUGCUGCACGAUAGCAGAUCACAUCAAUGGUGCCACCAACUACUUCUUCUCCCCUACCAAAGUGGCUGACUGGUUCUAUGACUCCAUCAGCAUUGUCCUCUCAGAGAUACAGAAGAAGCCCCAGCGAGGGAUGCCAAAGGUGGAAAAGGUAGAGAAAAACGGGACCAUCAUCUCCAUCAUUCUGGGCGUGGGGAGCAGCCGCAUGUUGUACGAUAUUGUCCCUGUGGUAUCUUUCAAAGGUUGGCCUGCAGUUGCCCAGAGCUGGCUCAUGGAGAACCAUUUUUGGGAUGGGAAGAUUACUGAGGAGGAGGUCAUCAGUGGGUUUUACUUGGUGCCUGCUUGCUCCUACAAGGGUAAGAAGGACAAUGAAUGGCGCCUGUCAUUUGCCAGGAGUGAGGUGCAGUUGAAGAAAUGCAUUUCUAGCAGCCUCAUGCAGGCCUACCAGGCCUGCAAAGCCAUCAUCAUUAAACUCUUGUCAAGGCCCAAGGCCAUUAGCCCCUAUCACCUGCGCAGCAUGAUGCUUUGGGCCUGUGAUCGACUCCCAGCCAACUACUUAGCUCAAGAAGACUAUGCAGCCCACUUUUUGCUGGGCCUCAUUGAUGACCUACAGCACUGCCUGGUCAACAAGAUGUGCCCUAACUAUUUCAUCCCUCAGUGCAACAUGCUAGAGCACCUGUCGGAGGAAACAGUCAUGCUCCAUGCCCGGAAGCUGUCAUCAGUGCGCUCAGAUCCAGCAGAGCACCUGCGUACAGCCAUUGAGCAUGUCAAGGCAGCCAACAGGCUGACGCUGAAACUCCAGCGUCGAGGCAGCACCACCAGCAUCCCUUCCCCACAGUCUGACGGAGGGGACCCCAAUCAGCCUGAUGACCGUCUGGCCAAAAAACUGCAGCAACUAGUGACUGAGAAUCCGGGGAAAUCCAUCUCGGUCUUUAUUAACCCAGAUGAUGUCACAAGGCCCCAUUUCAGAAUCGAUGAUAAAUUUUUCUGAGUGAUUUGUUGACUUUCUCCCCCCUUGGUUCUAAAACUCACAUAACAUGUAGUAUGGUUUGCGAUUCUUUGGUUUUACAUAUCCAGCUUAGAUUGGAUUUGUUAAGAACUCAUUUUAAGUUUCCUGGUUGUGCAGGAUUGGUGCAGGCUCUGAAACAGUGUAUUACUAUUUCAUACUCUGCCUGAUUUGGUGGUUUAUGUUUUCUGGUUAUUGUCAUGUAGUUUUGCCUCUUGUUUUUUUUUUUUUUUAAGAUAUUGUUUGUUUUUUUAAGGAGAACUUGAGCCAUAGAUGAAAAUGCCCAUGAACCCAUUUGUUUUCUGUCACUCAUACCCUGUGUGGAUUUGUCAGUGGGUCUUGGGAAACCCAUUUCUUGCUGACACGUUAGAAUUCUCUUAUUUUUGUUUUGUUUCUGUCCUUAUUUUUCUCCCCUGGCAUGCUGGCUGGGUUUGUUUAUUUUGACCAGAAGCCAGAGUCGUUUGCUUCCCCUUUUCCACCAAACAAUGGAGACUUUUGAGAGCGGUAAUGCUGCAGAUUGUCUUUUGGAGCAACUUCACUGAAUGUAAUUGUCCUCGAAUCAGCAAGCAUCGGAUGGUUUGGAGGGUGGGUUUGAUAGCUUUCCAAACAGAAUUAAGGUUUCCAAACGUUAGUUUUAGUGUGUGUAAGUAUUUGAAGCCUUAUUUAAAUCCUAUUAAGGAACAUACCAUUCUAAUUGUUAUUUGCACUAAUGAAAUCUUGGCCACUGUCAUAGCUGCGAUGUGUGUUUUGAUAUAAAUUCACAUCCAUUCUUGAAAUACUGUCGUUUUUCAUUUGUUCCAUUUCUCUCAGUCGAUAGAAGGAUUCCUUGCAUCUGUCUAGUUCUCCUUUACUGCGGGGUACUGUUCUGCCCUCUUUGAUAUUCCAGGUUCCUGUCCUACUGAGAGAAGAUUUUAAAGCUUUAUACCUGUUCACUGACUAUCUAAAGCUAGGGGGUGGGUUAAUACUUGUUAAAGUGGGUGUCUCUGUAUUUAUUUCUUUUGGGGUUCUACAAGUAAUUUUUUUUUCCCUUUAUAAAGUUUUUCUUUUCUUUUUUUUCUCUCCUGAGAUUUUGAGAAAAACUGGCAGGAAGAAUUAUUCUCAAAUUGAAGGUACCAUGCCUGUUCAAAGCAGGUUUCCCUGUAGAGCAGGAAACAGGACAUAUCUAGGUUGCAGUGUUGGAUUAAGGGUGUCCUGUCUUCAUGACUGAAAUUAUUUGCCAGAUUUAGGUGCUGUAGAGCAUUGGCUCCCUGUUUUUUGUGAAAUGAAGGCGGACUGUGGUAUUUGAGUCAUCAAAGGGGCCCGAUGAUCUCCCAAAGGACGGCCAUGGUGUCUGCUGAUGGAAAAGUCAAACACAUGCUGGUUUUCUUGAAUGUCCAGACUCACAGGUUGGAUUAGACCAAUUGGAAUCAAGCAUAUGUGGUCUUGGAUUUUUGCAUGGGAAUUAAUGUAAUGCUUAUAAAUUAAAAUGAAAUCAACAAUCUUAAUUCAAACACAAAAAUAAUAAACAUACUGGCC